UUCAUAAAGCGCGCAAAUUUUCGGGGAUAGUACAACGUUUAAACUGCCACAUAAAAGACAACCCUAUAUUUUGAUUUCACUUGUGGAAAAAUGCCUAUUUUGGUAAAAACGCCUUCACCAACUGGCCUCGAGGAAUAUGCCAUUGUAGAGCUUCAGGGUGAUCUCGAAAUACGAUCUGGGGAGAACAUACACGAUCUCUUCAUAGGCGAUUUGUACUACAAUAAAUAUGGACAGCCGAUACUUAUAAUUGGUCAUCACAUACUACAAGGACGUGAGCAAAAGCUGGAAACUCCAUUUGCGGUACUCGAGAAAUCUAAAAGCAAUGAACGAAGACCAUUGUUGAGCGGAAUGAUUGCAACAUACGAUUCCAAUAGUACGCUAAAUAGGACCGCCGAUUGUACUGUCCUCGAUAGCACAGUUGCUUUAGAAAAUAAAUCCCGACAAUGUACCGAGUAUAUAGUUCGCGCUCUGUGCACCAAAAAACUUACCUUCAAAUCGCGACCAAAACCAAUCAUUGCGAAUGUGGCUGCUUCAGUAUAAGAACAUUGUAUUUAAAAAUAUGUUUAAUGAUAUUUCAAAUGAUGAAUACAUAUUUGUAUUUUUAGUUUAGACAA